AGUCGUUGUGGGAGCUAAUUUCAAAGUUUUCGCGACGUGAUGGAAAAUGGCGUAUCCUCCUCCUCCCAAGAUCCAGUUCCCCGGCCAAACUUAGCAGCAGCAGCAGUUCCGGCCAACGAGGGCGCAAGAUGGCAACAGCCAAUCAGAGGCGGCUUCCUGGAUGCCAGAGAGUUGAUUGAGAUGUACCUCGAAAAAACCUGGUUCAGAACAAGGAGUUCUUGGAGAAGCAGGAAGCGUCCUGCAUCGAAGUUGCAAUUGCCGAGCGCAAGAACGCCGAUAAGGUACAGGAACGUCCGUGCCAGCUGCCAUCAACGAGACGAGCUGCCGAUUUCACUCUACAAGGGACAAGAUACUAGCGAGCCGGUUCGAAAUAUGUCUUCGUGAUCAGCGACAAGGGCACGCUCCCGAUCGUGGACACUCCGCCCACGCGAGGCUUGCCAGGAAGUGUACCCGCCGCACACCAAGGUCGAGGUCCUGAAGACUUCCCGCUUUGAUCUGGCCAACCUACUGGAGCUGCUCGGCGAUGGUGAUGGCAAGAGAUCACAAGUGUCAACCGGUGCGCCAAGAAUGACGUCGUUGUGAACCGCCUCGAGAGGAACAAAAAAAAUCUGUGCAAUAUGUUAACUCUGCUAAACAAAAAAAAUAAAGCGGGCUCGGAGUUGGGAUGCGUUUUAAUGAACGAUUAGUUAAAGGGACAAUAAAAAAUGUAAAAUCAUAAAAAGUUUAAUCUAUUUCUAUGGUCGAAUCCCAAUUUAAAGUGGAUUCAACAAAAACAAAAAA